AUGCACAACUUAGCUACAGAGUUAGGCAGUGAAACAUAUAUUUUCAAUAUUCAAGAAGCUAGUAAAACAACCUCAUUAGACCAAAAUUCAACACGAAAAUCCUCGAUUUCUAAGAAAAAAUCUGAUGCAAAAAUGUUAAAAAGUAUAAUUGAUAAACGAUUACUCAAAGAAAAGAAUAUUACAUCAAAGAGUCAAAUCAAUAAACAAGCAUUCAAUUCUUCAUUAUUAUCUGAGAAUGUAGAACAUGAAUAUUUCGAUCAUUGUAUUGAAACAAAAAAUUGUGUCCCAUUAUUCAACAUUAGUGCUGUAGAGGGUGGAGCUGUAGAGUUACCUUGUGAUAUAACACCUACAGAAUCUGAUUCUCUCCACAUGGUGAUGUGGUUUAGAGGUCAUGCGGAUGGAGCACCUUUGUACACGGUUGAUGUACGGAACAAGGGGCUACAUGAUGCUUAUCAUACUUCAGAUGCAAAUGUUUUUGGUCCGAGAGCGUAUUUCAGAGCUGUGGUGUCACAUCCAGCUGUGUUAGUACUUGAUGACAUCAAGAGGCAUGAUGCAGCUCUGUAUCGGUGUAGAGUUGAUUUCCGGCGUGGACAAACUAGAAGCAUGCAUUAUAACUUAACGGUCAUUGUUUUACCUGAAGAACCCAUUAUAUUAAAUCGAUAUGGUCAUGUCAUUCAGGAUAUUAUUGGACCAGAAGAAGAAGGUGAAGAUUUGAUUCUAGUAUGCCGAGUAACCGGAGGUUCACCAACACCACAUAUUCGAUGGAGUGUCCAAAAUGUAAUCUACGAACAAUCCAUUAAAAGUGCUGGAAAUGUUAUUGAGAACAAAUUGAUUAUAAAAUCGAUAAACCGUUUUCAUUUGGGACUUGCCAUUACAUGUACAACGUACAAUACAAAUCUCGUAGCACCAAAGAAAAAAACGGUGACGCUCGAUUUGAUUCUUAAACCAGUUGUAAUCAAAAUUAGCCGAAUGGAUUCUAAGAGUGCAGAUGAGCCUGUCAAAGCGAAACAUCGUUAUGAUUAUGAAUGUCAAACUGCUGGAUCAAAUCCACCAGCUAUUAUAACUUGGUACAAAGGAAGACGUCCUCUAAAACAUGUAAAAGAAGAAAGGAGUAGAAACGAAACAAUAAGCAGAGUGGAAUUCAUCCCAAGCAUCGAAGAUAAUCGGAAGCAAAUCACGUGCAGAGCAGAAAAUCCAAGUGCUAAGGGAUUGUUUUUGGAAAAAUCUAUAACUUUGGACGUGAUAUAUCCGCCAAUUGUAUCUUUACGUUUAGGAUCAACCUUGAAUCCAACAGACAUUAAGGAAGGCGAUGACGUAUAUUUUGAAUGCCAUAUUGAUUCGAAUCCAGCACCGACUAGACUUGCUUGGCUACAUAAUGGUCAUCAAUUAGUUCAUAAUGCCACUGCUAGAGUGAUACAAUCGAAUCGAAGCCUUGUACUACAAAGUGUCAGCAAAAUGAAUAGUGGAUACUAUGUUUGUAUAGCAACAAACUCUGUGCAUGAAUCUCGAAGUGAACCUCUUUACUUUCAAAUCAAAUUUGCUCCUGUUUGUAGAAACAGCCAAGUUUCAAUAAUCGGAGCAUCGAAGGGUGAAAUAUUAAAUAUAACAUGUCGAGUAGAAGCUCAUCCACCUGUUCUGCACUUCUUUUGGAAAUUCAAUAAUACUCGGGAUAUAGAUGAAACAUCAUCGAGAAGAUUUUCGAUUAUCAAAUCUGAUAAGAUAAAUGGACUCGAUACAUUACAAUAUAUACCAUCUGUUGAUCUAGACUAUGGUUUACUUUCAUGUUGGGCCAAAAAUGAAGUGGGAAUUCAAGCAAGACCUUGCCUAUAUCAAAUCGUUAUGGCAGGAAAGCCACUUCCAGUCCAAAACUGCACAUUAUUGAAUCAAACGUUUACAAAUAUCAGGAUAAAAUGUAUUGCAAAUUAUGAUGGUGGUUUGCCACAAAGAUUUUUCUUGGAAGUUUAUAGAGAAGAUCCUGAUUCCCUAACUAAAAAACUACUAUACAAUAUAUCCUCAAAUGAAGAGCCUAGUUUUAUCCUUUCAAAUUUAAGUGGUCAUAUUGAUUCAGGAGUUCAUGUUGCCGUGUAUGCCGUAAAUGCCAAAGGUCGCAGUCAAGCCGUUAUUAUCCGAAAAGUUAGUUUUCGUGAUGCAGAAAAACAUACAGGAUCAGAAAGAAGCUUGGAUUCAUCACCAAUGAUUAUCACAGUUUUAGGAGUUGUUUCAAUAUUUGUAAUUAUAAUUUUGAUAAUUGUACUCAAAGCACAGUAUAAAAAGAUGUUCAUCACAAGACAUCGAAAAAACAGCGUAAUAAAGAAUCAUUUGAGCCAGUACGCAAAUUUGAGGGUGCAACAAACUUCAGAAAUUGAUCCAGACAUCAUACCAAGCAAAUUUGAUGACAGCAUAUUAGAAAUCGAUGCAGCUCACUAUUGUGGAGAGUAUACAUCUGGAAAUUGGUUAAUAUCGAAUUCAACAACGACAACAAAUGAAUUUCACUGUAAGAUGGUCGAAAAUCAAAGCAAUAGACGAUUAUAUUCUGAUGGUACAGUAUCGAUAUUAUCAAAUUCGUCAAUGACCGGUGACAUUAUUGGAAUAAAUCAAGGAGUAUGCGUUGCCGGAGAAAGUCUUGAUGGCGAAGCAAUUAAAAGACGAUUGAUGGAAAAUAGACUUCCCGAAAGCUGUGUAUAAUUGAAUCAUUCUAUUUAAAAAAAAUUUGAUAAGAAAAAGUCGUAAUAGGCUACUUUUCUGUAAGCAAUAAUGAAUUAAAAAUUCGUUAAUGUAAAAGAGAUGAUUUGAAGGCUGAUCGUGUGAGUUGGUUAUCUGUCACUGAAUUUGGCUGCAUAUAUUAAGCAAAGCAAAUUUUUCAUAUAAAUGUUCUUGUAAAUGUGAUGCUAUAAGAAAAACAUGAACAAAAAAA